CCUCACACACUCCUGUGCUCUGUUUCCUCUCUGUUUCCUCUCCCAGGUACCCUGUGACUCUGAGCCAUGUCCUGCUGCAACCCGUGCCAGCCCUGCCAGCCCUGCGGCCCGUGCCCACUGGCCAGCAGCUGCAACGAGUGCUGUGUCCGGCAGUGCCAGAGCUCCACCAUCGCCAUCCAGCCCUCUCCCGUGGUGGUGACCCUGCCCGGACCCAUCCUCAGCUCCUUCCCACAGAACACCGUUGUGGGCUCCUCCACCUCCGCUGCUGUUGGCAGCAUCCUCAGCUCUCAGGGAGUGCCCAUCAGCUCCGGGGGCCUUGACCUCUCUGGCAUUGCCGGACGCUACUGUGGCAGGAGGUACCGCCUGUGAACAGGAUGUUGCAGAAGCCCAAAGGAGACACCUUGAGGAACUCAGAACAUCAGCUGAGGACCAGAUCUUUCAUCAUGGACACCAGGAUAAUUGAAUGGUUUUGGCUUUCUUCCCUUUGUUUGGUUCCCCUUGACAGCGAAGUCCCCAAACUCCAGCCUGGUGGAGACCCUCUGUCUCCUCUCCCUUCAUGGGGCAGAUUGUCAGAAAUCACAUGGGAACUUCUCUACAGCCAAUGAUCUCAGACCCUAAGCUGCUUGUU